GUGGUCAAGUGCACCAGAUGGGUGCAUGCGCUAUAUGUGUUCCUCAUUCUACAGUUGUGGGCAUCAAAUCAUGUGAGUCACAUGACACUGCAGCACUUUGUGUCCAGUGUGUUCAACAUUCACCACCAGAACAAACUCAGGACUUCUGCAAAAACGGAUCACAGGAACGAAACACUGGUAACACCGGGAUUAGUGGAGCACUGGAUUUUACAUCAACCUGCUGCAGAUUCCACUUUACAAACAGAAGAUUUAGAAGAGCUACGACUUAAAGUGAAAGUAACUUUUCUUGAUUGACUGACUUCUGCUUUUAUUCUUUUGCCUGCUGUGUUUUCAACUUCACUCAGAGAAUAUAAAUGUCUUCUGAAUCAGAAAAGGAUCUCUCCUGUCCGGUCUGUCAUGACAUCUUUAAAGAUCCUGUUGUUCUGUCAUGUAGCCACAGCUUCUGUAAAGACUGUCUGCAGAGAUGGUGGAGAGAGAAACCUACUCAGGACUGUCCAGUUUGUAGGAGAAGAUCAUCAAUGAGUUAUCCACCUUGUAACCUGGCUUUAAAGAACCAGUGUGAGGCCUUCUUACUGGAGAGAGAUAAGAGAGCUUCAGCAGGAUCUGAGGCUCUCUGCAGUCUGCACUCUGAGAAACUCAAACUCUUCUGUCUGGACCAUCAGCAGCCAGUUUGUGUCGUCUGCAGAGAUUCAAGAUUACACAGCAACCACAGAUUCAGACCCAUUAAUGAAGCUGCACAGGAGCACAGAGAGGAGCUCCAGAAAGUCCUGAAGCCCUUCCUGGAGAAACGAAAGCUCUUAAGAGAAAUUCAAGGAAACUUUGAUCAGACAACAAAACACAUUAAGGUCCAGGCCAGACACACAGAGAGGCAGAUUAAUGAGCAGUUUAAAAAGCUUCACCAGUUUCUAGAAGAGGAAGAGGAGGCCAGGAUCUCUGCUCUGAAGAGCGACGAAAAGCAAAAAAGUAAAGUGAUGAGGGAGAAAACUGAGGCUCUGAGCAGAGAGAUAGCAGCUCUUUCAGACACAAUCAGAGCCACAGAGGAGGAGAUGAGAGCUGAAGACGUCUCAUUCCUGCAGAACUACAAGGCUGCAGUGAAAAGAGUCCAGCAGCGGCCCCUGCUGGAGGAUCCACAGCUGGUCUCAGGAGCGCUGAUAGAUGUGGCCAAACAUCUGGGCAACCUGACCUUCAACAUCUGGAACAAGAUGAAGGAGAUGGUCUCCUACACUCCUGUGAUUCUGGAUCCAAACACGGCCAACCCAGAACUCAUCCUGUCUGAAGAUCUGACCAGUGUGAGCUGUGGAGAGAGACAGAAGUUUCCUGACAACCCAGAGAGGAUUGAGAAGCACCGCUGUGUCCUGAUCUCGGAAGGCUUCAACUCAGGCACUCACAGCUGGGAUGUUGAGGUUAGAAAUUAUGAUUUUUGGGCCCUAGGUGUGUUAAAGGAGUCUGUCCUGAGAAAGGAACAAAUACCGUCUGGAUACUCUGAAAUAUGUCUCCUUGAUGGAAAAUACACAGCAGUUUCUCCACCACUUCCACGUAAAGUUCUCCCAGUGAAGAAGCUCCAGAGGGUCAGAGUUCAUCUGGACUUUGAAAGAGGAAAACUGUCAUUUUCUGAUCUUGAUACUAACACACACAUACACACCUUCACACAUACUUUCACUGAGAGACUGUUUCCAUACAUUGGUACCUGGAAUAAACUCCCAAUGAAGAUAUUACCACUGACAAUCUCUGUAAAAGUGGAACAGUCUCAGUAUUAACUGGCUCAAUGCCUGUUUUUCAUUAUUAGCUGAGCAUCCUGUAUGUUCUUAUUUCUGGUGAAGUAAGUUUACUCAGAAAUGCUGUUAUGUGACAUAUUAGUGAUACUGUAAAUGUUCUAGGAGUUAAAACAGAAAAAUCUUUUAUGAAUUUUCAAAUUGUUUGAGUUUUUUGUUCAUUGUCCACAUGAUUUUGAACAGAGGUCAAAUAUCUGAAUGAAUAGAAGAGAACCAUGAUACUAAGACAUUAUGAGCAUUAGUUUAAAUUCUGAUAGUGUUAAAUGAAAAACAAAUGUUACUGAUUUUGUUUUGUAUUGUUUUGCUUUUUCUAAUUUCUCAGAAGAUGUUGAUGAUGAUACUUAUGGAGUAAAAAGCAUGAUGGUGAUAAUGUUCUUCCUUAUAUUGAUGAUGAGGUUACAGUAUGUAUGGAUGAAGUAGAGUACUGAUAUUUUAAGUUUUAAAACAAUAUAUUUGCAAUUUAAAUGAAAGAAUUGUGACGAAUAUAUAUAUUUAGUGGGAUUUACAAUAAUAAAAAAAAAAAGAGAGACAUUUUGAUACAUGUGUGAUAAACUAAUAUCGGCCUUUAUUAGUCAAACUCUACUUUUAGUGUAUUUUUAGAGGAACAUGACUUAUUUCAAGGAAUCGAUAUAUAUUCUUUGGCUUUUUUGUGGUUUAGUUCAUAAUGUUUUAUUAUUUUGUUUUUUAGUUAUUAUUUAAGUUUGCACUGUGUAAGCAGAUAUAUUACUUAUUUAGAUUCAGGCUUAAUUUUGAACUUGUGAGUUACUAAGAAUGUGAAAGAAGAUGAGUUUUGUAAAUGUACUGAUUAUGUUCUGAUUAACUACUUUUCGCUAUUAUUCUAAAAAUAAUAAAGAAUUAAAUCAACAUGGUUUCAGAUUAAAAUGUGUCCAGAUAUUUUGAGCAUGAGUUAAAACCCUGUGAUCUGAAGAACUACGAUGGAGUAUUAGGGACAAUGAAAAAAAUCUGAGAUAGAAAAAGACACCUCAAAUGUUUCUAGGGAUGAAGUAGGAUU